AUGGAUACUGAUGAUGACGUAAGGUCGAGAAUAAACGCCGUCAACGCAAGCGAUGACUCGACGGCGUUAGAUUUGCAUUGGAUGCUCGACACGACAAACACGGACGCCUUGCUCGCCAAGCACGCGUACACUGAUUUUUCAGACCUGUUUUCUUUACCCAUCUCAGCUGCCGCUGGAGCACGAAGGCUUGAACGGCCGAAAAAAGUCGCGGUUGUGGAGAAGAGGAAUGUUCGGAGCACGAGCUCGAUGCGAGGCGUCACGCACCAUUGUCGAACGGGAAAGUACGAGGCUCAUAUUUGGGAAAGUGGCAAGCAAGUGUAUCUCGGAGGAUUUGAUUCUGAGGAGCAAGCCGCGCUCGCGUAUGAUGUCAUAGCCGUGAAAUGCCGAGGGAUAAAGGCGCAGACGAACUUCGACAUGCGAAAUUACGCACAGGAGCUGGCCAACUUGGAUGGGAUCGAGAAGGACGAUCUCGUGUUAUCUCUUAGACGGCAGUCCAAGGGGCACGCAAAGGGAAGUUCAAAGUUCAGAGGCGUGACAAAACAUGCGAAGGGUAAGUUUGAGGCUCGAAUCGGCCAAAUGGUAGGAAAAAAGUACAGGUACCUGGGUCUAUUUGACACCGAAAGCGAAGCCGCUGUUGCGUACGAUAUCGCGUGCGUGCGUGAAAAAGGAUUGCAAGCCGUCACAAACUUUGAUAUUUCGGAAUAUUCAGACGUGUUGGCCCAACACUACAACGGCGGCACGACGAGUUCGAAGAGAAAGCGCCAUUACUCUGCAAGUGCAACGCCUGUCGAGUCGAAAAUAUGUGAGAAGAAUUUUCGAGACGAGCUCGCGGGCACGCAUAUCGAUAUAUCUUCGAGAGCCUUAAAGCCGGGACGUGCGAUUGAGCGCGAUCCAAGCGACAAAGCCGUCGAUCUUGUGAGACAUUUUUUCGAUACAGAGUCGAAACAUCACGCGAACACUGCGAUAGAGUGCCGACCAGACUCCGAACUCGAGGACAGAGAACACGCGGAUGAUGCGAUUGAGGAACUUCAGGCUCUCGUAUCGCAAGCACAGACCGCGCUCCGAGAUAGCAAGGCGCGUCUCCGCGAGGCUCGUGCGCAACGAAAAUCGUAG